CAAACGACGCGGUGGAGGGUCGAUUGUUGUUAAGAAGCUCAUUCGGCAGCAUGACCGUGAGAAGCGUUUGUUCAUGAAAGAGGCGCGGAUCCUCAAUUCCCUACAUUACAAGCUUAUCGUCGAAAUCAAAGCUGUAUGCGAAAGUCCUGUAGCAAUGAUGCUUGAGUACGUAUAUUUUGAUUUCACGCCAUUCGGGCUUGAAGGUCGGGUAAGUUCACUGCAAGAUUACUUGGAUUACACGAGUGGGAAAGAAGAAGUAGUGUCAGCGUUGGCCUGCUUGCACAGCAAGAUUGCGGAAGACACCUCUCUUGGCCUACAGUACCUCCACGAGAGAAAUAUCGCGCACAGAGACUUGAAGCCAGGAAACGUGCUUAUUUCUAACCAGCAUUACUGCCAUUAUAAGAACGAGGAUGAAAUUCGAGUAGCCUGGGAGAAGGAAGCUGUCCUUUGCAAACUGGUGGACUUUGGAGAAAGUCGAGCUUCCUUACAACAGACUGCGACAUUAUGUCACUCGAGAACCACCAACGUCGACCGCGGAACUGUUGUCUACAUGGCUCCGGAGAUAAUCACUAGCACAGGCGAAGCUAUGUCCCUUGAGCAGUUGAAGGCCUGUGAUGUUUGGUCAUUGGGAAUGAUUAUCUUCCUGCUAUUGAAUCCUGAUUUAGAGUUCCCCUACCAGUAUGAGCUUGACCAGGUUCCGCAAAAGAACUUCCAAAGCUUACGAAAUGAGUUGGUGAGUAGAUUCAAAGAACGUAUGUUACCGUCUUGGUCUUCCAAAUACAGCAGAUUUCAAGCAACAAUCUGGCGAGAAAUGGAAUCAAUUUUUAGCCAAUGCACUCUUUUUUGUUCUAAGAGCAGGCCUAUAGUUCGCGAAAUAGUCCAGCUGUUUCAGGCUGCUAAAAUCAAGCCACCAUGCAGUGACAUACCACUCUCGACUAGCCAAAGCACCGCAAUCGAGCGCCAUGAUAGGCUUGUCGCAGUUGGAGAUAUUCCCCUGGAUCAAAAUAUCCCAGACGAUGCUACCAACAGCUGCGCCUUUCUAUCUAUCCUCGUCACAGAGUUAAUUGCUGGGAAGGGAAGUGAUUGGGAUUCUUUUUGUGCAGCCGAACAAUGGUACGCGCUGUCCAGAGAAAUCGACAAGAUUAUUAUGACCCAACCCACGCUGUUCAACCCCUUUCGAGAUGUAACAAAGCUGUACGAUGUUUCAGAGGCUUACACUAUUCUACGAAAAGCAAAUAUUUUAUCUGUAGAGCUUGACUUUCGUGAAGAGAUCGUCACUUCUCAUGGAGUAUUCUCCAAAGAUGGACGGGAUGCACUCCUCAAGGGUGUUAAUGCAUUAUCAACUGCCUGCUCGGUUACCAACGUUGCAAUUUACAGCUGUGGCCGCUAUAUAUUUGUUAUCGGUUGUCAUGGCGACCAGUAUUUCAUCGUGGACACGCAUCCCAUAUCAAAAGAAUUGGGGGGUGAGGGUACCGGUCUUCUCAAAGUAUACCCCGCCCAGGAUUCGCACU